AUUUAAACGGAACCGGGAACAAACGUCAGAUUCAGGCAGAGACCGAGACGAGCAGAGAUGAGUCUGACACAGAAGGACAAGGCUGCGGUGAAGGCGCUUUGGGCCAAAAUCGCCAAGGGGGCGGACGCCAUCGGGGCGGAAGCUCUGGCCAGGAUGCUGGUCGUGUACCCCCAAACCAAGACCUACUUCUCCCACUGGCCGGACCUGAGCGCCGGUUCCGGUCCAGUCACGAAGCACGGGAAGAAGAUCAUGGGCGGAGUGGCGCUGGCGGUGGCCAAGAUAGACGACCUGUCCGCCGGGCUGCUGGAGCUCAGCGAGCUGCACGCCUUCCAGCUGCGAGUGGACCCGGCCAACUUCAAGAUCCUGGCGCAGUGCCUGCAGGUGGUGAUCGCCACCAUGUUCCCCAACGACUUCACCCCGGAGGCUCACGUCGCCCUGGACAAGUUCCUGUCCAACGUGGCCCUGGCGCUGGCCGAGAAAUACCGCUGAGCCGCGGCGGCAAGGCGCGCGGCAAGGCGCGACGCGGCAAGGCGCGACGCGGCAAGGCGCAUUCUGAAC